GCAUGUACAUGACUUCCUCUCAGUAUCAUCAACAUUAAGCUUGAGGAUGAAGCAUUCUUCUCUUUCAUCACUAUGCUUCUGCCUAGGCUAUCUGGGUAGUUUCUGGUUUCACGUUUCCAUGGCUCAAAAUGCUACAAAUGCUACUACGGACCCAUCUGAAGUGUCGGCUUUGAACUCGAUCUUCCAACAGUGGGGAGCACAGUCAGUGGCGCUGUGGAAUAUCAGUGGAGAGCCAUGCAGUGGAUCAGCCAUCAAUGGAACUCAAUUUGAGAGCCCUCCUAAUAACCCUGCCAUCAUUUGCGACUGUACUUAUGACAGUAGCACCACCUGCCAUAUUACCCAACUGAGAGUUUAUGCUCUAGACAAAAGAGGAAGGUUUCCAGAAGAGCUUCUGGCUUUGAAAUAUCUGAACUUUUUGAAAAUAGAUCAGAACUUUUUCACAGGUCCCUUACCCGCAUGGAUUGGCAAUAUGUCUGCACUCACGUUGUUGUCAAUUGCCCACAAUGCAUUCUCUGGGCCGAUCCCCAAGGAACUCGGAAAUCUGAAGGACCUAAAUAUGCUGUCCUUUGGAUCAAAUAAUUUCUCUGGAACACUCCCUCCAGAACUUGGUAAUCUAAUCAAGCUCCAGCAACUUUACAUAAACAGCUGUGGACUUACUGGUGAAAUUCCUUCAACAUUUGCUAACCUUCGUAACAUGCAAGUCCUUUGGGCAUCAGACACUCCUUUCUCUGGAAAGAUACCUGAUUUCAUUGGGAAUUGGACGAAGCUAAACUCACUGAGACUUCAAGGAAACUCUUUAGAAGGCCCAAUACCAACCAAUUUUUCUCAGUUGACCUCAUUGAAUUCUCUGCGAAUCAGUGAUAUAUACAAUGGGAGCUCCUCUCUUGGUUUCAUAAAAAAUAUGAAGAACUUGACUGAUUUAGUUCUACGAAAUGCAUUGAUUACUGGUAGCCUCCCUUCUGAUAUUGCAGAAUACCCAACUUAUUUACAGAUACUGGAUUUGAGUUUCAACAAUUUGACAGGCCAACUCCCAAAUGGCUUGUUCAACAUGAGUUCUCUUACAUACUUAUUUCUUGGGAACAAUAGUCUGUCUGGAUCACUUCCUAACCAAAAGACCAGUAUACUUCAGAACGUAGACUUGUCUUACAACUAUUUAUCAGGGAGUCUUCCUCCAUGGGUAACCUCAACAGCGCAACUGAACUUAGUGGUGAACAACUUCACCUUUGACAGUUCAAACACAACUCUUCCUGGGUUGAAUUGCCUUCAGAGAAAUUUUCCAUGCAAUAGAAAUGCCCCACGAUAUGCAAAUUUUUCAAUCAAGUGUGGUGGACAAGAACUUAGAGGAAGUGAUGGUAUAUUGUAUGAGGCAGAAAACUCAACUCUUGGCCCAGCUACAUUUAGUGUAACCAGUACAGAGAAAUGGGCGGUAAGCAAUGUGGGUAUGUUUGCUGACAGAAAGAAUCCAGACUAUGUGGUGAAUACCCUGGCACAAGUCACUGGGACAGAUGUGACCCCAGAGCUUUUCCAGACCUCAAGAUUGUCUCCCGGAUCGCUGAGGUACUUCGGCCUGGGUCUGGAGAAUGGGCCUUAUACUGUAACAUUGCAAUUUGCAGAAACGGUUUUUUUAGAUCGUGCCUCACAAACAUGGAAAAGUCUUGGUCGGCGCCUAUUUGAUAUCUAUAUUCAGGGGGAUCUAAAAUGGAAGGACUUUGACAUCUCGAAGGAGGCAGGUGGAGUUUUCAGAGCUGUUGCUAGAAACUUCAAUGUUAAUGUGUCAGAAAAUUAUCUUGACAUUCAUCUGUUCUGGGCUGGUAAGGGGACCUGCUGCAUACCCGAACAAGGUGAUUACGGCCCUCUAAUAUCAGCGGUUAAAGUUGUUCCAGAAUUUACUCCAACUGUUUCUGGGAUUCCACCAACAACUCCAGGAAAGAAGAGCAACACAGGACUGAUAGUUGGUAUUGUAGUUCCUCUUGGAGUUGUGGGCUUGCUGUUAAUAUUUUCAGUUCUAUAUUUGAGGAGGAAAAAAGCAGAAAAAUAUGACGAUGAAGACCUUCUAGCACUAGAGAACAGACCAAAUACUUUCAGUUAUUCCGAGUUGAAAGAAGCAACAGAAGAUUUUAAUCCUUCAAAUAAGCUAGGAGAGGGAGGAUAUGGCCCUGUUUACAAGGGUACACUUUCCGAUGGGAGGGUAGUGGCUGUGAAGCAACUUUCAGUGGCAUCUCACCAAGGGAAGAGUCAAUUUGGUGCAGAAAUUGCUACUAUAUCUGCAGUGCAACAUCGCAAUCUAGUGAAAUUGUAUGGAUGCUGUAUCGAAGGAAGCCAGCGAAUUUUGGUUUAUGAAUAUCUUGAAAACAAGAGCCUUGAUCAAGCACUUUUUGGAACAAAUGACCUGCACCUUGACUGGCUUACCCGCUUCAAUAUAAUGUUGGGAACAGCAAGAGGACUUGCUUAUCUUCAUGAGGAGUCAAGCCCAAGGAUUGUGCAUAGAGAUGUCAAAGCCAGUAAUAUUUUGCUCGACGCAGAACUCUGCCCAAAAAUAUCAGAUUUUGGAUUAGCAAAGCUAUAUGAUGAUGACAAAACCCAUAUCAGUACCCGAGUUGCAGGGACAAUAGGCUAUUUGGCACCAGAGUAUGCAAUGCGUGGACAUCUGACUGAGAAGGCUGAUGUUUUCAGUUUUGGGGUUGUUGUUUUGGAGAUUCUCAGUGGAAGACCAAAUGCUGACAGUGAUUUGGAUGCUGGAAAGACUUAUCUCCUUGAAUGGGCUUGGACUCUGCAUGAAAAUAACAAGACUUUGGAGUUGGUGGAUCCCAGAUUGACAGAUUUUGAUGAUCAAGAAGCUAUUAGGUUCAUAAAAGUAGCUUUCCAAUGCACACAGGGACCGCCAAUGACGCGGCCAUCUAUGUCACGCGUGGUUGGCAUGCUUUCUGGAGAUAUUGAAGUAGGCAGCACUGUCAUGUCAAAGCCGAGUUAUUUGACAGAUUGGGACUAUAAAGAUGUAACAACAAGUAGCUUUUUGAUUGAUCGCGAUACACCAUCAACUGAUAGUAAGAGUGAGCUCAACCUUCAGCCCGGCAGCACAACUGGUGCUAGCACCGAUAUUGACCUUUCACCAUCUCCUGUGGAAGUUAAUCGAUCAAUGGUCACCGACAUUAUAAGAGAAGGAAGGUAAGAACUAAGAAGUACCUUGUCUUGUUCUUUUUGUAAUAUUGUCACUCUUCCUACUGUAGUGUGCCUUUCUGUCUCUAGUUUCUUGGCACUGGACCAAUGGAUCGGAGAUUUUACGUUUAUGAGAUAUAAUAUAUUUAUGUUUACUUACUUUUCUCGUAAAUAAGUAAAUUUACAAGAGAAACAACUUCACAUUUAUUACUAUGAAUUAACAAUAUUACAGAUCUUGGAUGGUUAUACUGUAUCAACGAGUCUUGGCCUA